AUGCGGCGGAAGCAGAAGCGGCUGCUGCAGGCGGUGGGGCUGGCGCUGGCCGCCCUCGUCUUCCUGCCCAACGUGGGGCUCUGGUCCCUCUACCGGGAGCGGCAGCUGGAGGGCGGCGCGGGGGCGGCCGGGGCCGCGGCGGCAGCAGCAGCAGCCGGAGGGGAGGCGCAGGGCUCGCAUGUGAGGCAAAGGAAAGAAGUUUACUUUGAUGAUGGACAAAGGAAAAAGGACUGGCAUGAUAAAGAAGCUAUAAGGAGGGACUUGGAGCGCAUAGGAAAUGGAGAGCAGGGAAAACCUUACCCGAUGACUGAUGCAGAGCAAGUGGACCAAGCAUACAGGGAAAAUGGUUUUAAUAUCUUUGUGAGCGAUAAAAUUUCUCUUAAUCGCUCCCUUCCAGAUAUCAGGCACCCAAACUGCAAUAACAAGCUGUACCUGGAGAAGCUCCCAAACACCAGUGUGAUAAUCCCAUUCCACAAUGAAGGAUGGUCAUCUCUCCUCCGGACCGUGCACAGCAUCCUAAAUCGCUCCCCUCCUGAGCUGAUAGCAGAAAUUGUGCUGGUGGAUGACUUUAGUGACAGAGAACACCUGAAGAAACGUUUGGAAGACUACAUGGCCCAGUUCCCAAAUGUCCGAAUCCUGCGCACCAAGAAGAGAGAAGGGCUAAUAAGAACUCGAAUGCUGGGGGCCUCUGUGGCAAUAGGAGAUGUUAUCACAUUCUUGGAUUCUCACUGCGAGGCCAAUGUGAACUGGCUGCCGCCUCUGCUAGACCGCAUUGCUCGGAACCGCAAGACUAUUGUGUGCCCAAUGAUUGACGUAAUUGACCAUGACCACUUCGGAUACGAGACCCAAGCUGGAGAUGCAAUGCGAGGGGCAUUUGACUGGGAGAUGUAUUACAAGCGGAUCCCUAUCCCUCCUGAAUUACAGAAACCUGAUCCUAGUGACCCCUUUGAGUCUCCUGUAAUGGCUGGAGGACUGUUUGCAGUCGAUAGAAAGUGGUUCUGGGAGCUGGGAGGGUAUGAUGCAGGUCUGGAGAUAUGGGGAGGAGAACAGUAUGAAAUAUCCUUUAAGGUGUGGAUGUGUGGGGGUCGCAUGGAGGACAUCCCUUGCUCCCGAGUGGGUCAUAUCUACAGGAAAUACGUUCCUUACAAGGUUCCAACAGGAGUCAGUCUGGCGAGGAACUUGAAGCGUGUGGCUGAAGUGUGGAUGGAUGAAUACGCAGAGUACAUUUACCAGCGUAGACCUGAGUACCGGCAUCUCUCCGCGGGGGAUGUAACUGCUCAGAAGGAACUUCGCAGCAAUCUCAACUGCAAGAGCUUCAAAUGGUUCAUGAGCGAGGUCGCUUGGGAUUUGCCAAAAUUCUACCCCCCAGUGGAGCCCCCGGCAGCUGCCUGGGGAGAGAUCCGUAAUAUAGGAACUGGUCUAUGUGCAGAUACGAAACACGGAACUCUGGGCUCCCCACUCAGGCUGGAAACCUGUGUGAAAGGCAGAGGAGAGGCAGCUUGGAACAACAUACAGGUAUUCACUUUCAGCUGGCGGGAAGAUAUCCGUCCUGGGGACCCUCAGCACACCAAGAAGUUCUGUUUCGAUGCCAUUUCCCACAGCAGCCCUGUGACCCUCUAUGACUGUCAUGGAAUGAAGGGGAAUCAGCUGUGGAGAUGCAGGAAAGACAAGACCCUUUACCACCCAGUAAGCAGCAGCUGUAUGGACUGCAGCGAGAGUGACCGAAAGAUCUUUAUGAAUACCUGCAAUCCCUCUUCUCCAACACAGCAGUGGAUAUUUGAACACACAAACUCAACCGUCUUGGAAAAAUUUAACAGAAAUCUUGAUCUUUAA